AUGGCCGACGACACGAUAGAGAUGCCGCCGGGCGCGGUGGAGGUGGGGCGAUCGCGGCCGUCGGGCGACGGCAUCGGCGUGGUGGUCGCCCUGAGGACCUUGGAGAUUCGCGACAAGGGUUUGCUUGCGUGCGGGGAGCCAGAAAAGAUGCACGCCUUCGUGGGUCGGUUGCGGAGGGUCAAGGACGGACAGGGGGUGGGAGGUCACCGCGCAGGGAACGGUGGUGGGAGUAAGGGGGAGCCGGAGAUGCCGGUUGAGACUGAUCUGGUGGUUGCCGGGGGGGACACCGUGAGGAUGACGCUGAGGCCGUGGAUUAGGGACGUUUGGCGCAUAAGGGGGGGGAUCUCGGGCGUGGGGGAGGGGGAGGAGGAGGUUGUGGAGGCGCUUGGGGGCGUCUUUUGCGGCGAAGGGUGCAAGGAGAGGGCGGGAGACAGUGUGAAGAGGUGGUAUGCGGCUUCGCGGCGCGGCGGGGGCUGGAGGGAGGCUGUGGAGGCCGGGGGGGUGGAGGAGGCGCGAAACGUGCUCAAGAAUCUGGAGAUGGGGUUGGAUGGGGGGCUGGGUGUCAUGAGGGGGCCAGGUGUGGCCAGCGGCGUGAAGGGGUGCUUUCGGCGCGGGGAGAAGGAAGUAUCGGCGCUGGAGGCGGUCCAGGCGCUGCAGACGGUGCGGCAUGCGCUCGGGGGCGUGUUGGAUGUGUUUGGGGGGCAGGGGAGCGGUGGGCCAAGACCGCCUGGGUUGUUUGAGAUUGGUGUGUAUGAUGAUCCCGUGGCCAGGCUGAAGGACGCCAUGGGAGCCAUGUUGGCCGGCCCCAGCACGGAGGUGGACCUGCGGGGGAUCUUGAGGCGGCUGGCGACGAGGGGGAUUGAAGAGGGCGCGUGGGAGGGGCUGGUUGAGGAAGAGCCCGAGGACUGGGGCCGCUGGCUGGAGGGACUACGGGAGCUGGUGGCAGAGACGGAUGCGAGGAUGCAGGAGAUUGGGCUGGGCUGCUUGACAAUCGCCAGCAGGUUUUUCCCGUACUCGGGGCACUACUACGUGGAGAUGUCCUUCGGCGGGGAGAAGAUUGUGGGGAUGAACGCGGUGCGGGGGGAGAGCCAGGCCUGGAGGUUGAAGACCAACGGGCUGGUGGACAUCGUGG